GCACAUGUUGCCUCGAUGCGCUGGAGAUGGCCUGCGUUGGCUUUGACUAGCAUAACGGUCAUAUCGUUGUGCUUGACGGCCAGUCAACUGCAUCGAAGCCAGUUGGUCGGUCGAGAGGCUGGGACAGACCAGGACUCCUCAUCAGUGGACGAGCUUAUUCACCUAUGCAUUUGCGGCGACGACUCAGAUUUCCGUCCAGCAGUGGUGGCCAUUCGCUCGGCGGUUGCGUCAGCGCGACAACCUGAACGAUUUGUGUUUCACUUCAUCACGACCCCCGACUUAUCUGUGCGCUUUGCCCGUGCUGCGCGACUCCAGCUUCCAGGCAUCCACGUGGAGGUGCAUGCGGACGAGGAUGUCCAGAACACCAUCCAAAGUCGCAUUGAAUUCCGCAGCAGUGCAGGGCGAAAAGGCCUCGCGAGCGCUUUCAAUUUCGCACCGUUUUACUUGCCUCUCUUCCUGUCUCAGUCCAGCGAAACCUAUUCGGCCCAAACAAGGAGGUUGAUAUAUUUCGAUGCAGAUAUCGUCAUCCUUGGCGACCUUGCAGACAUUUUUGACAUGGAUAUGGAGGGCAAGCCUUGUGCGGCAGUGCCCUACUGCCACCAGAAGAUGGCAAAGUACAUCAAUUUCAACGUCCUCAAGACUUUGCCGUAUUUGGGUGACACAGAGGAAAUCGAUCCGGGCUCCUGCAUAGCAAAUCGCGGGCUGCUACUCAUUGAUGUGAAAGUCUGGUCCUCUCUGAAGCUCACCGAAUCGAUCGAACUGUGGCUGGAGCGCUACCGCGCAGCAGACGGAGAGCUUUGGGUCAAUGGCAUGUCACAACCUCCUUGGCUCUUGGCAAUGAAUGGCAACUAUAUGCGCCUCAAUGCGGAUUGGAAUUGCAAUAGUCUUGGACGCCACUCCAUGGAUCCCACAGAGGCAGCACAACUCCGGAAGAUGGGGUUUGAGGAAGAACACCUCACAUCCUUGAGGGUUGAAACCACUAGCUGGGGUCUGGUGCCAUACGUUGUUACGUGCAGCAGCACGGCAAAGCUCUUGCACUACAAUGGCGCGAUGAAACCUUGGCUGCUGGAUAGUGACACAGUUCAGGUUCCGGUCUGUACCAUGCCCAAAUCCCUGUUGGAGUAUAAAUUCAACUGGGUACAGGAGGUAGACAUCCUGGGAACUACCUACACGUUCGUGACUUGUUCCGAGAUUUGGGCUCUCUUCUUGGCCGAUGACUUGCUCUACAGUGAGCCAGCCAACAACACCGCAGAGGGUGCGGAGGAAAUGGAGAAGCUGGCAGACGCCAAGACUUGGGCGAACAAGAUCAAUGCAGACAGGGAAAAGCGACAGAAGGAUAGAGAGUGGCGUGAGAAGCAGCUGGCUGAGAGGCGAAAAAAGUUGGCCGGCGGCUACUACAUUGGUCAAACGAUUCAAGCCGCGCAUGACAUCUCUGUACGGGGCAAAGUCGUCGUGCGGAAGAACUGCGAAGGAGUGGUGCAGGGGCCAUCGUUGAACCAUCCCACCGAGCGCCUCAAUGUGCUCUUCAAGGAAAGACGCGAUAAAAAGACAAGGUCCAUCAACGUGCUUCCCUUUGAGGUGAAGCCUGGAGAGGAUAAAGACAAGGAUGACUAAGAAGCUCUGAGCGGCGCGUAGUGUGGAGUUUCUGACUGCAGUGCGGCCCCAUGGCCAGUUGCGGCCAGCUUGAUGGUUCCUCAACUACCACUGCAGAGAGCAGGUUGGCCCACAAUGCCUCUAAACUAGAUCCACAGCUGGCAGUUUAGGGCACUAGCAUCGUGAUGAAUCGUUUGUCCACUAAGAUGUGGGAAAAAG